GUCUCUCUUGCAUCGACCAUAAUUCUCCCUGGGAUCCCCCCCCGCAACUUUCCGGUGCUUCCCCCUGUGAACAGCCAGGACUGCUGCUUCUCCAGGUGCAGCCCCUGCUAGGUGCGCUGGCCCGGGGGCUUUCUGCCCCGGUGGGGAGGAAGGCAGAGGGCGGAUCCCGCUGUUCUGCAAGAGGAGAGGAGCUGAGCUGAGCUCAUUCCAGCCGGCAGCGCCGUCAGCUGAUGCAGAGGGGGUCCUCUAGCCUCUUCCCCCCUCUCCCAAGUGGAUUAAAACUCUUGCCGCUGAGUUUCUGGGUCAGGAGGAUUAUUCCAGGGGAUGUGGGCUUGGUGAAUCAUUUCAGCCACAGACUGGAUUCAACUUGGGCCAGCGGCUCCUCCCCACUAAAAGGAUGGCUUCCAAUUUUAAUGACAUAGUGAAGCAAGGGUAUGUAAAGAUUAGGAGCAGACGUUUAGGUAUUUAUCAGAGAUGUUGGUUAGUAUUCAAGAAAGCUUCAAGCAAAGGGCCUAAACGACUGGAGAAGUUUUCAGAUGAGCGUGCUGCCUAUUUUAGGUGCUAUCACAAGGUCACAGAACUCAAUAAUGUGAAGAAUAUAUUACGACUGCCAAAAAGCACGAAGAAACAUGCUGUAGGCAUUUAUUUUAAUGACGACACGUCCAAAACCUUUGCUUGUGAAUCAGAUUUUCUGGGCAUUUAUACAGAACUCGAGGUGGAUGAGUGGUGCAAAGUGCUGCAGAUGGAAUGCCUAGGAACUCAGAUUAAUGACAUAAGUCUUGGAGAGCCUGACUUGUUGGCAUCUGGUGUAGAAAGGGAGCAGAGUGAGAGAUUCAAUGUGUAUUUAAUGCCAUCCCCUAAUUUAGAGGUGCAUGGGGAAUGUACCUUGCAGAUAACAUUUGAGCAUAUCUGUCUUUGGGAUAUCCAGAAUCCCAGAGUAAAACUCAUCUCUUGGCCAUUAAGUGCCCUCCGGCGGUAUGGACGAGACCCAACUUGGUUUACGUUUGAAGCAGGGAGGAUGUGUGACACUGGGGAAGGACUAUUCAUCUUUCAGACAAGAGAUGGGGAGGCGAUCUAUCAGAAGGUUCACUCAGCUGCUUUGGCCAUAGCAGAACAACAUGAGCGCUUAUUACAGAGUGUGAAAAAUUCAGUGCUUCAAAUGAAAAUGAGUGAGCGAGCCGUCUCCCUCAACACCAUAGUGCCCUUGCCUCGGAGUGCCUACUGGCAGCACAUUACACGGCAACACAGUACGGGCCAGCUCUAUGGCCUACAAGGGAAUAGUCCCAUGGAUCGUACUGGGAUGGCCUUUGAAGUCAGGCACCAUUCAGCCUGAGUACAUGCAGCUCAAUUUGGCCCUGUUUACAUUUUUAUUUAAUUUAGUGCAAAAUGACUGCUUGUCCUACACACUCACACAGGAGAGUGAGGUGAUAUAGGAGCCCUUGUGUGUCCUGAAUGGGCUACACACUUUGUGGGUCACAGCAAGAAAGGGAGAACAGCCUCUAUGGGACCACUCUUGUCCCUUCUACACAGGAGGGUGGAGAAUGGAUGGAGUCUUAGCUCCUUCCCACAGCAUAUCAGGUAGUAGAGCUGAAUCAGCAUGGCAGGAGAAGCAGUCUUCUACCUAUACGUAUAUGUACAGACCAGUAGCCGAUUGCUUCCCCCUGGAGUAAGGAAGGAGCCCAGAAGGGACAUGUGACUCUCUACAUUCCCUUCUUGGUCAGCUCCUAGGGCAGUGCAGCAGCUUGUACAGUGACAAUCUUUCCCUUAAGUAACUAAAGUGAGUCUAAUGCAUGUCUCAUUCUUUAGCUAGUUCUAGUGCUGUGUACAGUAACUACGCUUGUUUUUCUUGCAUCUGAUUUGGUGAAGAUGUUUCAAGCCCCCUGAAGCUUCAUCGAACAGACACUUUCCCCACUUACAGAUCAGAGCAUUGAUAAAAGACUGUAAAGGAUUUGAAAACUCUCUCUGUCUUGUGACAGCUUGGCCCAGCGGAUAAUAAUGAUGACGGCAAGCAAACAAAGGUGGAAAUACAGAAAAAGUCAGCUUGGAUUGAAUUAAGUCCUUGAAUAAUUUUUUUUUUAACCUUGGCAAGAAAGGAAUGUGUUCUGUAGAUAUUAAAAAAAAAUGCCAAACUGACUAUCACACGUUUAUUUAAUAUUUUACACCUGGAGGGGACAGAAAUCAGCCCUUAAAUGUUCCUGAAUGUUUUUAUAUGAUAGAUAUAUGUUCCAAAUAUAUGAAUUUGUCUUAUGAUGUGGGGUACUGUGAUACCACUUAGUCUGUUUCUGCAGUGUGUUUGUUGAUGUCAGCUGUGCCAGCAAUCUCAUGGUUCCUGUUUGUUGUAACUCUUACCCUUUAGUUGCUAACAUUAUUGGUUAAGACUAAUCUUUGACCAUAGUACUUUCAGAAAUGAUGGCCAGCUUUAAGCAGCAAUUGGAUCUGUUUUUCCUGUGCUAAGUCUCCUUGAGUCCUGAUAGACUUUUAAAAGGACACUGUCAAAGUUUCUUCAAUUUUUCCAUGUUUAUUUCCAACUCUGUGGUGUUUAAAAAUAAAACUUUUCCCCCCA